AUUUCUUAGCUAAUAUUCGACCAUCUGGCGGCACUAUGUCUCUCCUCCCUCCGGAUUCGCAACCUCCGAGCGGCGACGGCGGCCGUCGAUGCGUUGUCUGCUUCCUCGUUCCUUCUUAGAGAGUCUGUUCUUCUGAAGCGGGAGGAAAAAUUCUUUCAAGUUUCACAGAGAAAGCCUGUUUCUCUUCUCUCUCCGUUUCUUGGCCUCAGGUUCGCAACUGGUCCCCGAGACAGAAGUUUUUGUAUCACGUAGCCUCGUCUUCGUUUCAUCGCCUUAUCGUUUCUUCGUAUGUUGCCGUCUCGCCCGGGACUUUUCUUCCACUGGUCUUCUCUCCCAAAUGGAUUCGAGUGCACCCUCCAACUCCUUAUCUUCUGCCACACAAAUGUCCUCUUCAUCCUCUUCUUCUGCCUCCUUCCUUUCUUCUCCCUCUUCUUCCGCUUCUGCCUCUGCUGCUCAGACUGGUUUGCCUGGACCGAGUGAAGAGGAGAGAGACAGUGUGGAAGCACGAGGCGCGCAUGCAGGAGGAGACUCGGAGGAAGAAGGUGCGAGGUGGGUGCCUCACUCAGCGGGCCGUGGAGAUGCUCUGGAACGCGGAGGGAGGAAGAAGAAGAAGAGCGAAUCCGAUCUCCGACGAGCUGCUCGCCGCGCAGAACAGCGAGCCCGGCAGCUCGAGGCGGAGGCCAGCAGAGAUGCUGCAUGCGCAAAAGGAGACAAAGGAGACAAACGAGAUGCAGCGGAGAAAACCGUAGGAGGCAAGAAGGAAAAAACUGAUCAAGUCGACCAGGAGGAGCAGGACAUGCUGCGUCUAAGUCGAGCCGGAGACCUCGACGGAGUAAAACGUCUGCUCGGAGUCACGCAAGGAUACACAUGCGCGCCUGACAGAAGGUUUCUCCUCAACUGCAAAGAUUCCUUGCAACGCACGGCUCUUCACCUCGCUGCUUUUGAAGGACACAGAGACCUCGUCAGGCUCCUCCUGCGAUGCGGGGCGAGCCCGAAGGUCGGUGCGCAGGACGGCUUGACGCCGCUGCACUUUGCGGCACAGAAAGGUCACGCGGAGACAGUGGAAAUGCUUUUGCGCGGUGGCGCCAAUGUAAACGCCCUUGUGCAUCGAGGCAGACGCUCGGCUCUCCACUUUGCCUGCAAAAAUGGCCACCUCAACGCAGCCCUUCUCCUCGUUCAAUACGGUGGCGAUUUGAAUCUGGAAAACGCCCAGGGGGAAACGCCGCUCAAAGACCUGAGCGAGGAGAUUCAGGGCCUUCUUCGCCAGGCGGCGACUGUGGCCGUAAGACGCAGCCCGGGGUCGGACAAGAGCAAGCAGGCUGGAGGGAAAUCAGAAAAGCACGAAAAAGAUGACAACAUAGAAAAGAACGAAAGGGAAGCGGGACAGAGAGAAAACGACGGAAAGGACAGAGAGGCUGGCAGCGCAGAACACGAGACGGCCGGUGCCUCGAGAAUGAUUGGACCUUUGAUGGGCGAGGAAGCAGCAAGGCGAGAGGGAAGCGCGGGACGGUAUUUAGAGGACGAUUCGCACGGAGAGGGGGACAUUCGAAGGAAAAGGGAAAGGGAAGAAGGCGAUGACGAACACGAAAACAAAAAGGAACGAAGAACAGAGAAGCACGAGGAACGAGCACGACCCACAUCAGCAGUGCACCGCCCGCGAAUGCCUGUCAUCUGUGCUGCCCAAGAUGACGAAGAUGAAGAAUGAGGUGUAUUUGACAAAGCAUGUUCAGAACCAGAAUGAUGUGAUUCCUUCCAGAUUUUUGGCCACGAUGGAGGGAUGUAGACGAGAAAGGGUCGGCGGGGCCGCACCCUCGCGGUGCAUUCGGACGUGAGCGUUAAUGAGAAAACUUGAUCACAUCUCAAAAGUGCAGGGAUAUGAAAUUUCAUUCUGUGGCCGCUGAAUCACCGCCUGCGACUUGACUCUUUUUAUGAAGUGGGAGGUACAAGUUGCUUCUGAAGGAUAUCUAUACGCUAGAGGAAUUUGGAGUACACAGGUCAUGCA